CCUUUCUCUCUGUAUCUCUCUCUAUAUAAUCUCUCCCUCCAUCCAACCCUCCCUAAAUCCCAGCAUUUUGCAUUUCUCCCCCAAACCAAAUCCCGAAUUCCACUCUCACAAUCAGAUUAAGAUCUGCUUCCCCGCUUCUCCUUUCUUGGAUAAUUGGGUUGUUGGGUCUUGUUUGGUGGCAGUUUGGUUGGCACAUUGCGCAGGGAUCUGUUUGGUAACCAUAUCUGCAUAUCUGUUUGGCAUUAGAAGCCGGAGGUUGCCUUGACCCGAAAACCAUGGCCACUGGACAACUUUUUUCGCGCACCACUCAGGCGCUGUUCUACAACUACAAGCAGCUCCCAAUCCAGCGCAUGCUCGAUUUUGACUUCCUUUGCGGGAGGGAAACACCUUCGGUUGCUGGAAUCAUUAACCCCGGUUCCGAGGGAUUUCAGAAGCUCUUUUUCGGUCAGGAGGAAAUCGCCAUACCAGUGCACUCAAACAUUGAAGCAUCUUGCGCUGCUCAUCCUACUGCCGAUGUCUUCAUUAACUUUGCUUCAUACAGAAGUGCUGCUGCUUCUUCCAUGGCUGCUCUGAAGCAACCAACCAUUCGAGUUGUGGCAAUCAUUGCUGAAGGUGUUCCUGAGUCAGACACUAAGCAGUUGAUCGCAUAUGCACGGGCAAACAACAAGGUUGUCAUUGGCCCAGCUACUGUUGGAGGAAUUCAAGCUGGGGCUUUUAAGAUCGGUGACACUGCUGGAACUAUUGAUAACAUUAUUCACUGCAAGCUAUACAGGCCCGGAUCUGUUGGUUUUGUCUCCAAAUCUGGUGGCAUGUCUAAUGAGUUAUACAAUACUGUAGCUCGUGUAACAGAUGGACUUUAUGAAGGUAUUGCUAUUGGAGGUGAUGUGUUCCCAGGUUCUACUCUUUCUGACCAUGUUCUGCGGUUUAACAAUAUCCCCCAGGUUAAACUUAUUGUUGUUCUUGGAGAACUUGGCGGGAGAGACGAGUAUUCUUUAGUUGAAGCUUUGAAACAGGGAAAAGUUACCAAACCAGUGGUUGCUUGGGUUAGUGGAACUUGUGCAAGGCUUUUCAAAUCCGAAGUACAGUUUGGUCAUGCUGGCGCAAAAAGUGGUGGUGAGAUGGAAUCUGCACAAGCAAAGAAUCAAGCCUUGAGGGAUGCUGGUGCUGUUGUUCCCAGUUCAUAUGAAGCUCUGGAAACUGCUAUCAAGGAAACAUUUGAAAAACUGGUUGAGCAAGGCAAGAUUGCACCAGUCAAGGAAUUCAAGCCUCCACAAAUCCCUGAAGAUCUUAACUCUGCAAUUAAGAGCGGAAAAGUUCGUGCUCCAACUCAUAUUAUAUCCACUAUCUCCGAUGACAGAGGUGAGGAACCAUGCUAUGGUGGUGUACCUAUGUCUUCCAUUGUUGAGCAGGGUUAUGGUGUGGGUGAUGUUAUCUCUCUUUUGUGGUUCAAGCGCAGCCUUCCCAGUUACUGUACUAAAUUUAUCGAGAUUUGCAUCAUGUUAUGUGCCGACCAUGGUCCUUGCGUCUCUGGUGCUCACAACACAAUAGUAACUGCUAGGGCUGGCAAGGAUCUUGUUUCCAGCCUUGUUGCAGGUUUGCUCACAAUUGGACCACGAUUUGGUGGUGCCGUUGAUGACGCUGCUCGUUACUUCAAGGAUGCAUAUGACAGGAACCUUACACCUUAUGAAUUUGUCGAAAGUAUGAAGAAGAAGGGCAUUCGCGUGCCAGGGAUUGGGCACAGGAUCAAGAGAGGGGACAACAGAGAUAAGAGAGUAGAGCUUCUACAAGCGUUUGCACGCACUAAUUUCCCUUCUGUCAAGUACAUGGAAUAUGCCGUUCAAGUUGAAACCUACACACUCUCAAAGGCUAACAACCUGGUCCUCAACGUUGAUGGCGCAAUUGGAACCUUAUUCUUGGAUCUUCUUGCUGGCAGUGGAAUGUUCACCAAGCCAGAGAUUGACGAGAUUGUUGAGAUUGGAUAUCUGAAUGGGCUCUUCGUGCUGGCACGUUCUAUUGGUUUGAUUGGGCACACAUUCGACCAAAAGAGGUUGAAGCAGCCCCUAUACCGCCACCCAUGGGAGGACGUUCUAUACACCAAGUGAGAAAAUAUCGGAUAGCAGGUGCAAAACCCGGACUACCUGCUUGCGGACGAGCAUUGUUGUUUUCAAGGUUCUCAAGUCUACGAUGUCGCCGGAGAUGAUUAUUGUUCAGUUGUUAAAAUAGUGUUUUGUAUGAGUAAUGCUGGAGCUGGUAAGUCUGUAUCGAAAGUUCAUAAAAAGGGAGAACCCUCGAUCAUUUUACUAAGCAAAAGUUAUGUUUUCGCUUAAAUUUCUUGGAUUCACUUUCUGGUUUUAGGAGAGAACGUAGAUUGUAGAGCAGCUGGGAAUUGGAUGUAUCAUGAAUACGCGCAAUUGUUCUCUCGAUAAAAAAACGAAUAAAUACAAAUAUGUCCCUAUA